AAAUUCAUAUAUUUCCUCUGAAGCACUCAAGCCAGUUAAGAAUAAACCAUACUUUGCCCUGCAAUAACUGUAGUAGAAUAGAAAUAGGAAUAGAAAAAGAAAUAGAACAUAACAUAACAUAACAUAACAUAACAUAACAUAACAUAACAUAACAUAACAUAACAGAAUAGAAUUCUUUAUUGGCCAAAUGUGAUUGGACACACAAGAAUUUGUCUUUGAUGCAUAUGCUCUCAGUGUACAUAAAAAGACAAGAAGUACAUAAAAAGAGUAGAAGCUGAUACAAGGAAUCAACAACAAUACAGCAUAGAAAAUAACCUCAAAUUACCUCAGAUUGUAAUUAUCUCACUAUAUAGUUGCUAAAGCAGACAAAUCAAAUUAGGUGAUGCUUUCAAUCCAAUCUAUAUUUAAACAUGACAAAUAAUAGAAGAAAGUGACUUUCAGUCACUUUUGGUCAGUUUUCGGUCUGUCAUUUUUAAGUUUUAAUCAAAUUACUUUGAAUCUCUUCUAAAUGAAUUGUUCCCAGCUUUUGAAAGUGCAAACUCUACAUUUGUAGCAUAUCAACCUUCAACCAGGUACAAUAUAAUUAUUUAAUACAUUUUGUCUCUCCUGCCUUCAUAAAAGCACUUUAUUGCAGCUUUAUUCUUGCACAAUGUUUGCAUAGAACCUUCAGAAACUCCACAGGCUCUGAAAAAUAACUUGUUCUUUUUCCUUUAAAAAAAAUCCCAUCUGUAGGUUGUUUUAAUAACAAGUUUGCUUUCCACAUAAGCAUGACUCUGAUCUUUGGCACUUGAUGCCAUAAACAAAUCUCCUAAAAUAAAAACAGUGUAAGUCAUCCCUUGGAGCUUUAAAAGGAGUUGUAGUUGGAGAAGAUUUAUUCUGUAAAGGAAAAUGAUGCAGCAGCUAGAGUGAAAAUGAAUGAGAUUCAGCAGAAAAUCAAAUUGCUUACCAAUAUUCUUAUCAAUCUAAUGUCUGCAAAGUUUUAACAGAAAUCUAGUUUUUGAUUGGAAAACAUUUUUUAAAAACUGUUAUAAAUUUUAAUGGUGAAACCAUACAUUGGGACAACACUUAAUUUUUUUUGCCCUGCACUGUUGACAAAAAUUGUCCUGCUUGCAAAGAAAAGAGCUACAAAUUAAAUUGUCACUGUGUGCCUUUCCAAGCCCUGGUCAAGGGAGAAAUUUAAUAUUGCAUUUUAUGUUUUUUCUCCCCCCCCCCCACUUUUGGAAAGAGUUAAAGAUUUGGAAAUGAGUUUUGACUGUAGUGUUAGUUGCUGAAAUACUCAAUGAUAAAAGAUUUGAAGAAGGGAUUCGUGCAUGGGACUGUAAGUGAACAGUAACAAACAGCAGAAGAACGAAAAACAGGGACUUUUUUUCAGAGAAUUGUGAAAAUCUAUCCUGAUGGAAGGAGAGACAACAGGGAGGUCCGUUCCAGCUAACAAGAGAGCUUCCAGAAAACUUCUCAAAUUAUCCCUCGGUGUGUUUGUGAGUAGCACGGUCGUGCUUGGCAUUGCCCUUUUUCUGGUUAGUCAAGGACACAUCAAAUUUCAUGCAAAGCAACAAUAUUGCUUGACUCCUGAAUGCAUUGAAGCUGCUGCCUCCAUCAAAAGCAAGCUAAAUGUGUCUGUGGACCCCUGUGAUAACUUUUUCCGAUUUGCCUGUGAAGGAUGGUUACAAGAUAAUCCAAUACCAGAAGAUUAUUCAAAUUAUGGAAUCUAUCCUUGGCUGAGACAUAAUGUAGAUCUAAAAUUGAAAGCUCUCCUUGAAAAACCGCUUAGCAAAAGACGAGACAAUGAAGCUGUACAGAAGGCCAAGAUACUUUAUUCUUCAUGUAUGAAUGAGAAUAAGAUAGAAAAAGCUGAUGCAAAACCACUUUUAAACAUGCUGAAGCAUUCUCCAUUUCGCUGGCCUGUCCUGGAAUCAAACAUUGGGCCUGAAGGUCUGUGGUCAGAAAAGAAGUUCAGCAUGCUCCAGACUCUUGCUACUCUUCGCGGACAAUAUAGCAAUUCUGUUUUCAUCCGAUUAUAUGUGGCUUCAGAUGAUAAGGCUUCUAAUGAGCACAUCAUAAAGUUAGAUCAAGCAUCUCUGACUCUAUCAGCACGGGAAGACUACCUGGACAAUACCACAGAAGCUAAAUCUUACAGAGAUACCUUGUUCCAGUUCAUGGUUGAUAUCUCAGUCCUUUUGGGUGCCAAUGCUUCACAUGCAGAGUUGGAUAUGAAGUCAGUGCUUAAAUUAGAAAUCAAAAUUGCUGAGAUAAUGAUUCCACAUGAGAAUCGAACCAGUGAAUCUAUGUAUAACAAAAUGAACAUUUCAGAACUCAGCAGCAUGGUCCCACAGUUUGACUGGCUGGCAUAUAUCAAGAAGGUGAUUGACACUAAACUCUAUCCUGACCUGAAGGACAUUGAUGCUUCAGAAAAUGUGGUCGUCCGAGUGCCCCAGUAUUUUAAAGAUUUAUUCAGGAUACUAGAAAGAGAAAGGAAAAAGACUAUUGCCAACUAUCUGGUAUGGAGAAUGGUUUAUUCAAGAAUAUUCAACCUCAGUCGACGGUUUCAGUAUAGGUGGCUAGAAUUUUCAAGGGUAAUCCAGGGAACAGCAUCUUUAGUGCCUCAAUGGGAUAAAUGUGUAAACUUCAUAGAAAAUGCUCUCCCAUAUGUUGUUGGCAAAAUAUUUGUAGAACUACAUUUCCAAGAAGAUAAGAGAAAAAUGAUGGCAGAGCUGACUGAAGGAAUUCGAUGGGCCUUUAUAGACAUGUUGGAAAAUGAAAAUGACUGGAUGGAUUUGGAUACAAAAAGAAAAGCUGUUGAAAAGGCAAAAGCAGUUUUGGCAAAAGUGGGUUAUCCCGGAUUUAUAAUGAAUGAUACAUAUAUUAUAGAAGGAAUCAAAACAAUGAAGUUUUCAGAAAUAGACUAUUUUGGCAAUGUCCUUCAGACUCGCAAACAUGUGGCCCAAUCAGAUUUCUACUGGCUGAGAAAAGAAGUUUCCAAAACAGAGUGGUUUACAAGUCCAACAACAGUGAAUGCCUUUUACAGUUCAUCUACAAAUCAGAUCAGGUUUCCAGCAGGAGAACUCCAGAAGCCUUUCUUCUGGGGAACUGAAUAUCCCAGGUCAUUAAGCUAUGGUGCUAUUGGAGUAAUUGUUGGACAUGAAUUUACUCAUGGAUUUGAUAAUAAUGGUCGCAAAUAUGACAAGAAUGGAAAUUUGAAUCCUUGGUGGUCCUUGCAGUCAGAAGAAAAAUUCAAAGAGAAAACAAAAUGCAUGGUCAAUCAGUACAAUAGCUAUUACUGGAAGAAAGCAGGGUUGAAUAUAAAAGGAAAAAGGACUUUGGCAGAAAACAUUGCGGACAAUGGAGGGUUGCGAGAGGCUUUUCGGGCCUAUAGGAAAUGGGUCAAAGAAAAGAGACAAGGAGAAGAAGAGGCUGUACUACCAGGCAUUGACUUCACCCAUAAUCAGCUCUUCUUUCUGAGUUAUGCUCAUGUGAGGUGCAAUUCAUUUAAACCAGAAGCUGCAAGAGAACAAAUCUACACUGGAGUUCACAGUCCCCCUCAGUUCAGAGUUAUUGCUGCUAUGAGUAAUUUUGAGGAAUUCCGGAAAGCUUUCAACUGUCCAGAAAAUACUACAAUGAAUCGAGGUGCAGAUUCCUGUCGAAUUUGGUAGUGCUUCCUCUGAAAUCCUGUGUAGAAUUCAUGCCUUCAUUUCACUGGCCUACUAUUGCUUCAGAAUUGCAUCGAUCAAAUGCAGACCUAUAUUAUUUUGCUGUGUAGCAUUCCCAUCCUGGUGUUUGACCCAACCAGAUCCGAUAUUAUUGAAUGGUUUCUCACAAGCACAGGAUAAUUCAACAUGUAGUAUGUAGAAAAGAACAGGCAUUUUUUAAAAAAAGUGUCGUUUAUAAAGUUCACAACCUGUA